AUUCUUCAGGGGCAGAGAUUACGUUGUACUAAAUACACUGUAUACCAUAACAGAACUCCACUGAACAGAAAAACAAGAAAUGUAAAACAAGAAAUACUUGUUCACACUUCCUUAUCGCAUCAUUUAAAUAGUUUUGACUCAAAUCAGUCUUACCUGACAUAAUUCCAACCCCCCCACCUCCGACCAAAACACACACAAACACACGGCCUCUCUCUGCAUUUUUUUAUGAACUUAAAUAAAUCUCAAAAUAAGUAGAUGGUAUGUUUCUCAGACGUUACUGGAUGUUCAGAAUACACGCUGUGUUGUGUAUGAGCGGAUUAUGAGGUUCUUGAAUAAUUCGGUUUCAUUGCUUUGUUAGAUGCUCAGGAUUAUUUAAACUCACUUGGUCUGCCAAACCUACAUCACUUGAAUAGCUAUAACUUGUAAAUUUUGUACGAUUUUUUUUCGUCUGUUGUCAACACAUUAUGGCGUUAUUUUAUCUACAACAGCACCAUCUACUGGUUACAGCCAACUUGUUCUUGUCGUUGAUCUGUGUGGCAUUUCUAGAUGAUCAGUUCCUCGCUUGCAUAUAUAAACUGGUUAUAGUUCAAGUAAAUAUUUGAAAUAUUAAACUGAACCUAUGAAAGGUGUUUGUUUAACUUUCCCGUCAGACUACAUAACAUGUUCAAACACAGAUAUGACAAUGGUAAUUUAGCAGAUGGUAUUAGCCGGCUUGUUAUCAGGCCUGACGUGCCAUAAAGAAAAAACGUUUUACAGUUAACCAUUAACAUCGUACCACUUUAACCCGGAAAGACCGCGGAAGACAACCUCAGCCACACGAAGUUCUCAUUCAAACGCACUAGAGAGGACAGUGGUGAAAAUGAGUGACAUAGACGAUAGCGAAAUAUACUUCUCAGUUAAAUUUUUGGGGCGUAUCCAGGUGGUCCAUCCAGGUGGGAUGCAGAUUCUGACAGAUGCGGUACAAGCCCUACAGGAUCCGUACAUGGAUGAGAAAAUGAAGAAAACUAAAGUACAUCUGUUUCUGACCAGAAGUGCUAUUGAUAUUCUAGAGCAUAAAACAAAGGUGCGACUGAGGACUGAGUUCAUGCUGUACUCCUGCGCUCUGCCCUCGGUGUCUUUCUGCGCGGUACAUCCGACUCAGCCCAAAAUACUCGGCUUUGUGGCCAGACACCCAGCGGCGGACAUGUACCACUGCUACAUCUUCCAGAGCAAGAAGUUUUCCCAUCUGCUGGUGUCUAUCAUCGGUGACACCUUUCGGGCUUAUAAGCAGGAUGAAAGUCUACAAGGCGACCGUGACCUGGUGGUGGAGGCCCUGAGACACAAGAAUAAGGUUCUGGAGCGGGAGAAUGCCGAGCUGAAGAGGAGACUGCAAGCCAAUGGAGAAAACGCUGGUGGAGACCAGGGCAUUUAUGAAAACGAGUCUGAUCUUGAUAAAACUUCAUCUCGAUCAGGACAGGUGAGAUUCUUUUCUGAAGAUGACAAGACUCCCUUGCGCAGGAACUUUUAAAGAUAUAAAAGACAAAACACAUAAAGUCAGAUAAAUGUUCAACGAAACGAGACUGACUCCUAAAAUACCAGCAACAUCUCCCGCAGACACUUCAACAUAUUCCUAAGAACAUAAAAAAAAAACUGAUUUACAGAUUUUUGGUAUAAAGAAGUUGUUUCUAACUCAGUCACGUGACUUUUAUCCUGCUGACAUGUAGCAUUGGUUUACAGCAUGUUAAUGUGAUAUUUACACUUUCCUGUUAUUCCAUUGCAAAGCAUUAAAAUCAAUCUGGCGUGGACUACAGAGUAAUACUGUACACUGCAUUUAAAGUGGAAAUGACAAAAACAUCUAGCUAAUUGAGCAUUAGCUUCUUAACAAUAGAUUAAGAGGAAGCUACUACGUUUUGUAUAAAAUGCAUAUUUUUCCAGAAAUAAAAUCGACUAAAAUAUAUAGUAGAUAAAAUA